UAUUCUCGGAGACAAGUCAUGACAAUCCCCCAGAGAUAACCUCCCAAGUGUUGCCACCGGAAAUGCCGACAGAGGUUCUCGGGGCGUGUGGCUUUGCAGAGCCAGAGAUCACCUCCUUAGCCAGAAUAAGGGAGACCCCACCUCCUGAACUCACCACUGAGGCUGAUGCAGCAUUUCACAAUGCCAAUAAAAACAAUGUUCUUGAGGAUUUUAGACUAAGUGAUGAAGACUUGUUACCAACAUUUGUUGCCGGGAAACUUCCCAAUAAGCCGGAUACAUUUUCUUUAGAUGAUUUUGAGAUUCCACUGCCAUCUACUCGUAGUUCUGAGGAAUUUACAAGCAAAGAAAAGACAGUUUCUGUUCAGCCUAGUAUAUCUACGACAACACAGACUACGCCAGAAUAUAAAGCUAGUGACGAACUACAUAAGAAAGUUGAAGAAAAAUUAACAGCAUCUGAAAAUGAGAAAGAACGACUAAAAAAGGAAUUGGAGGAUUUGCGUGAAAGGAAUGCAGCAAUGGAAAGGGAAAUGAAAGACACUCAGUUGGCAGCAGCUGAACAACAAAAAGUUUACGAAGAGAUGCAGACUAGACAUUGUAAAGUACUAGAGGAUGUCAAGAGAGCUGGACAUGAUACAUUGGUGGUCAUUGUUGAAGAGUACAAGGAACUGUGCAAGGUGGUUGUUGCACAGCAAACUGAAGCCAGUGAGAAACAACUUCAGACUGCGGUACAGAGGGAAACAGAGACUUCAAAGACAAUGCUGCGAGCACAGCAUGAGCGACUCAUGAAAGUAGUGGAUGAAGAAAGAUUACAGGGAGAGAAAAGAUUGAAAGAGAUCUUAUCGGGAGAGCAAGAGAAAUCACAGGCACUAGUCAAGCAGUGUGUGCUUGAAGAACGAGAGAAAAUACAAGAAGCAAUACAGAAAGCUGUGGAGGAUGCAAACCGGCUAAACCACACACAACUCGAGAUGACAUUACAAGAGGAGAGACAAAGUACCAAGCAACUUCUGGAAGAAGAGAGAAAUAGGUCUUCAAAACUUUUAGAAGAAGAAAGACAAAGAAGUAAAGAGACGUUGGAGACUAUGUUAGAGGAAGAAAGACAGAGAAGCAGGGAAGCAAUACAAUCAGCAUUAGAGAAGGAACGAGAAAAACAGGAAACAAGAAUUCUGCAAGUCGUAGAAAAAACGAAAGAAGACAUUAAACAGUAUGUGCAAGAACAAAAACAGGCUGAUACAGCUCUAAGGCUGAGGUCACUAACAAGUAUGGACUUAUUCUUGGAAAGUACAAGACAACAGCUUAAGCUACUUUAUAUGCAAGAGCAUUCUAAGGAGUCUGACGGUGGACCCCCUUAGUGAAGCUACCUUUGCAACAUGUAGUCAAUUAAAGUCAGCCAUUCACAUUAAGUUUUUUGUUCUGAAAUAUUUCCAAUGUUUGUUUCACAAGUCCUUGAAUUAUUACUUUGCUGAUAUGCUAUAUGAUUGAGAGUGAUUGUCAUGUUACCACACCCACACAACCAAUAAGUAUAGCAAAUCUCAAUAUGUCAUUUUUUCAACAGUCUCAGUCUCUGUGGAAAAUUUGUAGUACGUCUAGAAAUCCACUUUUUUUGACAAGAUGAAUAAAAAAGCAGGAAGCUUCUGUCGAAAGUAAGCACGAUCAGAUACAUAAAUUAAACCUUUUUCUAAAUACUAUAGACAAGUAUAAAG